AUGGAGAGACUUCAGAGGCGCAUUGCCACACUAGGCCAGACCGAGGAGUUAACACACAACAUGGAGAGACUUCAGAGACGCAUUGCUACACUAGGCCAGACCGAGGAGUUAACACACAACAUGGAGAGACGUCAAAGACGCAUUGCCACACUAGGCCAGACCGAGGAGAUAACACACAACACGGAGAGACGCCAGACCGAGGAGUUAACAUACAACAUGGAGAGACGUCAGAGACGCAUUGCCACACUAGGCAAGCCCGAGGAGUUAACACACAACAUGGAGAGGCUUCAGAGACGCAUUGCAACACUAGGCAAGCCCGAGGAGUUAACACACAACACGGAGAGACUUCAGAGACGCAUUGCCACACUAGGCCAGACCGAGGAGUUAACACACAACAUGGAGAAACUUCAGAGACGCAUUCCCACACUAGGCCAGACCGAGGAGUUAACACACAACAUGGAGAGACUUCAGAGACGCAUUCCCACACUAGGCCAGACCGAGGAGUUAACACACAAGAUGGAGAGACGCCAGACCGAGGAGUUAACAUACAACAUGGAGAGACGUCAGAGACGCAUUGCCACACUAGGCAAGCCCGAGGAGUUAACACACAACAUGGAGAGGCUUCAGAGACGCAUUGCAACACUAGGCAAGCCCGAGGAGUUAACACACAACACGGAGAGACUUCAGAGACGCAUUGCCACACUAGGCCAGACCGAGGAGUUAACACACAACAUGGAGAAACUUCAGAGACGCAUUCCCACACUAGGCCAGACCGAGGAGUUAACACACAACAUGGAGAGACUUCAGAGACGCAUUGCCACACUAGUUAACACACUGGAGCGUCAGAGACCGAGGAGUUAA